AUGGGGUGCUGGACCACACUCAAGUCGUCUGGGUGGGUUUAUCCCACAGCAGUCCUGUCACUCUAUGGCUUUUUUGCCAACUGCAGAGUGGCAGAGCCCUUCCUGACACCAUAUCUAAUUGGACCGCACAAGAACAUCUCUGAAGAAGUGGUGACCAACUACCUAUUUCCAAUAUGGACAUAUUCUUACCUGGCUUUCCUAUUCCCUGUUUUCCUUCUCACUGACUUCCUGAGGUACAAGCCCAUCAUUACACUACAGGGGCUUUUUCUCGUGACCAACUAUCUGCUGCUCUGCUUUGCCCCAGGUCUGGCUGCUAUGACCUUCCUCCAGGUAAACUACGCAGUAGUGACCUCUACAGAAGUGGCCUACUUCUCUUACAUUUACAGUGUGAUUCCAGUUGAGCAUUAUCAACGAGCCACUGGCUACCUGCGCAGUGCCAUGCUGGCUGGAUAUACAAUCGGUGCCAGCCUUGGCCAAAUGCUCAUUUCCCUUGCAGGGAUGGACUAUUUCUACAUCAAUGCCAUCACUCUGGGGAUUGUCAGCAUAGCGUUUCUUGUCUCGUUCUGGUUGCCCAUGCCAAAAAGAAGCCUGUUCUUCAAAGGGAAAAAUGCUGCAGCUGUGGGCUUGCAGUCCCAGCAGGAGGAGGGGCCGCUGGGAGAGAAAAGGCCCGAGGACCCGGAGACGGAUGGGAAUGAAGGAGGCUGUGGGAAAGACAAGAUGGAGGAUAAUAUCAGAGUUGCCUGGUUCAGUCGGGAAAAUGUGAUGGCUGCGGGACAUCUACUCUGGCAAAGCUUCAAGGAGUCCUACUCUUCCAGGCAUUGUUCUUUGAUAUACUGGUCCCUGUGGUGGGCUCUGGCCACAGCUGGCUAUGUGCAGGUCUUCAACUACAUCCAGCUGAUGUGGGACCACAUAGAACCAUCUGCCACGUCGUCCGUCUACAACGGGGGAGUGGAGGCGGCGUGCUCACUUGUAGGCGCCGCCGCAGCCUUCUCUGUGGGCUACAUCAAGGUGACCUGGACGGUGUGGGGGGAGCUGGCCUUAGGGCUGUUUUCAGCAGUGGGGUCAGGCGCUGUGUUUCUCAUGGCGUUCACCAGCAGUAUCUGGGUCUGCUACACUGGCUACGUGCUGUUUAAAUCCUGCUACAUGUUUCUCAUCACCAUCACCACAUUUCAGAUUGCUUCCAAUCUGUCCAUGGAGUGUUACGCCUUGACGUUUGGGAUCAACACCUUUGUGGCCCUCCUGCUGCAGACAAUCAUCACUUUCAUUGUCGUUGAUGAAGCUGCAUUGGGACUAGAUGUUGUGACUCAGUUCAUCAUAUAUGGAAGCUAUUACGGUGCCAUCUCACUCCUCUUCCUCAUUCGAGGGGCCUACACAGCCUGUAAGAGCUGCCACCGCCGCCCCGAGGAAGUAGAAGACAAGGCGCAGGAGUCCAGCGCAGAAGUGAUCUCUGCAGAGCGUUUCUGA